UCCGACUCUCGUCCGCGUUCCUGCCGCCAGACCACUAAUUCGUCGCCCGCGACGCCAUGCCGCUAUCUCACGCCCGCACAAGCCAUCGCUGAGGCAUGGAAGAGAGAAACACCAGAGAGCCAACGGCAGUGGCGGCUGGCGGACCUGCGCGCGAAGCAGCAGUACAUAUCACCCGCGAGAUGGUCAACG